UCUAAAAGUUCCGGUAGUGCUUCAUUCGCAGCUCUACUCUGAAGCUCUACCGGACUAGCGUAGCAAGCUAGCCAGAGGGAGUACGGUACACAGUGUAGUAGAUAGCCCGAGUACGCUGUACGUACGGUACCGGUACAUGUGGACCUAGCUAGCUAAGGUUUUUGUCAGUACGGAGUGCGCCGUUUCCCCUAGCUCCGAUCAACUGUGCUACCUCCAAGAUCCAACGGACACCCUCUCUUUGAUGGCGAUCGAGCCGGCAACAAAUCUGUCGAGAGGCGACAACCUUGCCACCAAAAAAUACCCAUUGGACCCUUACUGUUGUCUGGUUCCAUCCUCCGACCGUGGGGCUGUUGUUUUGUUGUUUUUGGCAUGUUGUUUGCUGUUAUCCGAUAGCACAAUUUGAGUCGAAGAGAAGGAGAGAUAAUGAUGAGAGCUCAAAAUGCAGAAAUGGCGGAGGGUAUCAGCAUUCGACUGCGUGUGAGACGGGCUACCUGCACUUCCAACCUGCAGUAUGGAGAACCUCAGGAUAUGGUCUGUACUAUUGUCAAUUGGGACAAUACAGCUCCCCGUCGCAAGUCAGGCUCUUCAGCUCCAGAACAACACAGUUUAGCCAACCAAUUUGAGAGCAACAGCAGCCACAAGGUCGAUCCAAUUCCCUUUGGAAAGGUGGCAGCAGCAGUGACACCAACCCUCUUCUUUCAAACCAGAACCUACGGUGGGCAUACUCUGGAAGCAUGCUGUUCCUUGCACUCGGUCUCCUCCUAUGACUCCUCCUUGGAUCCCUCCAUUGUCAGUGAUCCUAUUGAAACCAAUAACACCGAUCCUGCCGUGGGUAGCAUGAUGACCACCAGCCAACGACGACAAUCCUUGGGCAAACAACAAAAAAAGCGACGAAAGACGUUCUCAGUACCCUGCUGUUCCAUUAAAACUGUUGAAAAGAUGGUAUCCAGUCUGUUUCGGGGAUAUCGCAUCUUCUUUGUCACUGGAUCACGUGGAUCCUAUGAAUUAGAAUUUGAAAACAAGAACGGAAUGGAUAUCAUGAUGGCCUUUCUCCAGGCCACACUACCAGUCGAACGAUUCAUUCAGUCGGAUGGUACCGCUGCAAAUAAUACCUCCACCGAUGGCGGUGCUGGAGACGACACAAGUUACAUUUCAACUCUAGACGUGGAGAAACUCACGGAACGAAUAGCCGAACGACAACAUACGGAAACCAUGUCGGAAAAGCUACGCAAGGGUGUGGGACAAAUGGUCUCCAGUAUUGAAGAAAUGUCAAGCUCUUUUUGUGGCCAUGUCUGCUGCAGUAGUGGCCAAAUCAUGGGCUCUUCAGUGGCUCCCUAUGUUCCAACUUCCGAUGAAAUCAGAGACAGCCCUCCCAGUAGUGAUAGCCACAAAAAGUCAAGACAACAUCAUCUUCAUGAUGAUUUCCCAGAACCAGUCAUGGAGAUUGAUGAAGAAAAGAGCACGACAACAACAUCCUCGGCAGACCCAGACCGCGAAUUGAAAAGGCGAAUUUACCUCAAAGACCACAAGUUGCCGUCUGGUUUGAGUGUGGAAAUGCCAGAAUAGCAGUACUCGUUUUUGGCUGGCAGGCAGGUGCAUGAGAUGGCUUGGAAUCUGACCGAAGCACUGACUAAAAGUUAAGUCUCUUGCUUCUGUUUCUUCCAGAGGGCAAGCAUGUCAUGUCAAGAGCCGAUUUGAUUUCCUCGGUUGGUCUUUUUUUCAUCCGAUAUAGAGGUUGCUUACUAUUGUACAGUACACAUCCCGAAACGAUUGGAUGAUACAAGAACAGACCCGCACUUAGGACGCCUGCACGUUGAGAGCACUGCUAUAGUAGUUUUGUAGAUUAUUGUCAUUGAUGUUUCUAGAACAAGUUGAAUGAUC